AUGAGAAUCACUUAUGCGAAGAACGCGCAUGAUGCGCGAAAAAUCGCAGCAUUAGUCGCUGGAGAAACGCAGCCAAAAAAACCAUUUGCUAGAAGAAUCGUCGAAGAAAAAGAUCUGCAGCACACGAUUCUGGCCUUCUUGGUUUGGCUUUUGGUCCUUUUUUUCUUGGUCUUCGAUAUUGUAAUGUUCUUCGCGAAGAUGUCGGCUCCAGGAGGGCUUCAAGUCAUUCAGACGAAAACUGGUCAAAGUUUAGGCCGACCUUUUGACCGAGACCUUACAAUUCUGAUCCUGGUUGGACAUGUCCAAGGAAUCCUUAUUUCUUGCCAAGAAAAGUGCUAUUAG